UUCAGUCUAUCAAUAGCAUUCCUUCCCUUUUAAUAUUACAAAGCGUGAAUAUUCAAACAACAUUUAAAAAAAUGUCUCUCAAAAGCUUGAUUUUCUUGGGUCUUUUGGCUGUCACUUUGGGAUUCACACUUCCAGGUGAAAGUGAAACCGUUCAUGACGUUGAAACUCAAUGGGUCUAUGGUGAUUUCGUACCAGUAGCUGAGGAUGUUGUUCUUGUGAGAAAAGCUAGAUCACCUCAAGGUUCAGUGACCGGUACCUUUGAACACAGUCGCCAAGGUGGUUCCAGUGCAAGCGUGGAUUACAAUCGUCAACUAAGUAAGAACUUAGAGGCUUAUGCUGGAGCAUCUAGGAAUUUCAAAUAUAACGACAACAGUGCUCAUGCUGGCUUAAGAUAUAGAUUUUAGUUAUAAACAAAAAAGCUUAAAUAAAUGUUAAGAAUUAUUUAUAAAAACAGUAA